AUGGCGAGGUAUUUGCAUUGGAAGGGACCUCCUAAAAACCAACUUGGUAAAGCCAUUGGCUCAGGAUCAACAACGAUGAUUUGGAGCGACCCCUGGAUAUCAAUGACCUCCCCGCUAACCCCUAUAGGCCCACCAACGGAACAAGCUCGAAACCUGAAAGUUCAAGACCUUAUCUGCCCUGUGUCAAAAGAGUGGAAUACGAACACCAUUGACAACAUUAUCCCUUACUACAAAAAGGAUAUCCUUGAACUUCGACCAAGUAAGCUGGGUGCUCAGGACAAAUUUGUUUGGCUUGCCACAAAAGAUGGGGAAUACAGUGCAAAAACGGGUUACCAUGAGGCUUCGAAACAGUUAGAGGAGCAACCCCCCCCUCCCCCCCAAUCUGACCAGCCCUGGAAGUUUAACUGGCUCAAAGACAUCUGGAACAUUCAUUGUCCACCUAAAGUGAAAUUCUUACUCUGGAAAGCGAUGAGGAAUGCCCUUCCAGUGGGCAAAAACUUACAAGAUAGAGGAAUUAACUUGACCGCAUCUUGCCCCCACUGCCGCGUAGAAGAAUCUUGUCUCCACCUUUUCUUGCUAUGUCCAUUUGCGAACCAGGUCUGGAGGUUGUCCCCCUUCAAAUCGGCUUUCCACUCCUUGCAGGUAACAUCGGUCCAAAUGGGAAUAGAGAAUACCUCCAAAUUGGUUUGCCUACCCCCGAUAGGCCUUGCUUAUGACCCACUCCCGCCUUGGAUCUUGUGGAUGAUCUGGAAAAGUCGAAACCAACUCCUCUUCGAUCAAAAACAGUGCUCACCGGAGGAAACCCUCGCCAAGGCUAUCCUUCAAACAAAAGAGUGGAGUAUGGCCCAAAUCCGAGACAUGAAUGGUCAGAAGAUCUUGGGACCAGUUCCCCCUUUUAGACCCGACCCGGACACUAUAUGUUGUUUCUCCGAUGCUGCUUGGAGAGAAGACACGAAGGAGGCAGGACUCGGGUGGAUUGUCUCAGAUCACCCUACAUGCCCUCCUCUGCAGGGUUGCCUGAAGGCAUGGAAUGUGAUAACUCCCCUGAUGGCUGAAGCCAUGGCCUUUCUCCUUGUCGUCCAACGUGCCCUUGAUCUGGGCAUCCAAACUGUUUCCUUUGCUUCAGAUUCGCAAGAGCUAAUCAAAGUACUCAACUCAGAGCCUCAUUCGAAGGAGCUCUACAGGAUUCUCCAUGAUAUCCUAGUUCUAUCUUGUAAUUUUCGAUUUGUGAAAAGAGAUGGAAAUGCCAAUGUCGAUAGGUUAGCCAAAACUGCAUUGAAUUCUAUCUCCCCACCUGUACCAGCGUUUUAA